AUCCCCCUAAGAGCUAGGACAUUCCGGGGGACUUGCGUGGUCGUGCUGGAUAGAGGUGAAGAAGGCCGAAUGGCGAGCAUGUCAGAACAACACGGAGAGGCUUUGCCAGGCCUCCUCCGGUGGUCCAGGCUGUGUAAGUUCUGCGACGUGCGCCCCACCAGCUGCUCUGGCACAGGGACCUGCACCAGCGACUGUGACAGGAGCGCCAUCUGUGAGCACCGCGACGAGGUCUGUGUCAGCAUCUGGAGGAAGACAGAAGGCAACAUGACGAUGGACACCGUGUGCCACAACCCGGCACAGCGGCUGAACGGCCUGAUGCUGGACGACUACAACAGCAGCCGGUGUGAGAUGAGGGAGAGGAAAGGAAUGGGCUCCAUCUUCUUCAUCUGUUCCUGCAGCAUGGACGAGUGCAACGACAGUGUCGUCUUCACGCACAUACCAUGUCUCUCGUCCCCAGCCUCCCAGGUGGGCUCGGUGAUCCUGGUGAGUCUGGGACCCCUCCUCCUGCUGGCUGUCCUCGUCAUCUCCUUCUUCUACUGGUACCGCGUGUACAGCCAGCGCCACUCCGGCGCCAAGCGCAAGAAGUCCCCGCUGCGGGACUUCAGCGACGGCCAGGCCAUCAUCAUGAGCGAGGAGGGCUCCGAGUCCAGCUCCACGCUGGCCAACAACCUCAACCACAACACGGAGCUGCUGCCCAUCCAGCUGGACGGCCAGGUGGGGAAGGGACGCUUCGCCGAGGUGUACAAGGCCAAGCUGAAGCAGGGUGCUUCCGCCGGCGAGCAGGCCUUUGAGACGGUGGCCGUGAAGAUCUUCCCGGACGAGGAGUACGCAUCCUGGAAGAACGAGAAGGACAUCUUCUCCGACGCUGACCUCCGUCACGAGAACGUCCUGCACUUCCUGACGGCGGAGGAGAGGAAGGUGGAGCGACAGUAUUGGCUGAUCACUGCGUUCCAUCCCCGUGGCAACCUACAGGAGUACCUCACAAACCACAUCAUCACCUGGGACGACCUGUGGGUGCUGGGGGAGUCCCUGGCUCAGGGGGUGGCCCACCUCCACAGCGACCACACCCCCUGUGGACGAUACAAGGUGCCCAUCGUCCACCGGGACAUCAAGAGCUCCAACAUCCUGGUGAAGAACGACCUGACCUGCUGCCUGUGUGACUUUGGCCUGGGGCUGAGGCUGGACAACUCCUUGUCUGUAGACGAGCUGGCCAACAGCGGACAGGUGGGCACGGCCAGGUACAUGGCCCCCGAGGUCCUGGAGUCCAGGAUCAACCUGGAGAACAUCGAGUCCUUCAAGCAGACAGACGUGUACUCCAUGGCCCUGGUGCUGUGGGAGAUCACCUCCAGAUGUGACGCCAUCGGAGAGGUGAAGGAGUACGAGCCGCCGUUUGGGAAGGUGAGGGACCACCCGUGUGUGGAGAGCAUGAAGGACAGCGUGCUCCGAGACCGAGGACGGCCUGAAGUCCCCAGUAGCUGGACCAACCACCAGGGCAUCCAGGUGGUGUGCUCCACCAUAGACGAGUGUUGGGAUCACGAUCCUGAGGCUCGUCUGACUGCCCAGUGUGUCGCCGAGCGCUUCAACGACAUGGAGGACCUGGACAAGCUGUCCGGACGCAGCGACUCCCAGGAGAAGAUCCCCGAGGACGUGUCUGUGGUGGACGAGAAGUGACGCUCCGCGCGCAACGCCGCCCCACGCGGGCCUGGAGGAGAAACUGCACCCUGGCAGCUGAAUGGGAGGGAGACUCUGAUUCAUGUUCUGCUGGGGGGGACUGGAGGUGUGCCGACGCAAGCUGCUGUCGGGUUUUUGUCAAACGUUAACAGCGGUUCUCUGACGAGACGGAGAGAGAUUCAAGCAUCGUGUGUAUUUGACCGUUGGGAACAGUUCCAAAGAUGGAACCGUAAGCCAUAGGGGGACUGAGUGGAAGCGGAGGGUUCGAAAUCCCCCUGCGCCCAACAGUUCUGUGUGCACUUUAUCAGCAUCUAUGCCUUCACUGUAAGUUAUGUGUAUUCAGUUAUCGCUACUUGAUUAUGACGCUAACAAUGAUGCUAUCGCUAUCUGAUUAUGAAGCUAACACGUACAGUAUGACGAUAACAAGGGUACAGCAUAUAACACUCGUAACAUUGGUCCCUGUUUUUAACCUUUUAAAGACUUUAUUGAGGAGGCAUGGGUGACAGAAGGGACUGAUGCUUUGUAAAACGAAGACAAAAAAACAAGGAGUACAUUCAGUUUAAUUUCACAAUUCCAAGCGGGCGAAUCCUGUGUUAUAAAAGCGGAGAUUGUUCCAGCUCACUGACCCCCCCGCCCCCCUCUGAGAAUACAGGUUUUCCUUACUGAGAGGACUAUGAACUGUACAAUAGAGGCUGUGAAGUCAUCUUUGGAAGAGGAAAACUAGGACAGGAAGAGAACUAGGGAAGUGGACAUAACUUAACAACGCUCCAGAGUGGAGAGCUUAACAUCAGAAUCACAAUUUGGUUUUAUUCGCCAUGUAAGUUUUCAGAACACGGAAUUUACUGUGGCAAGAAGGUGCAUACAAUAAACAUAUACAGAUCUUAAUGAAAAAAUAAAUAAAUACACACACAUAUAUAUAUGCACACACAAAGGCUCACACAUACAUGCAUUCACACAUACACAUAAGUAGCAUCAACUCCAUCUUGCUCAAAAUGAAGAUAUGACGUACGUGGUUAUGAAAAGGACGACAAUCAAAGUUCUUUCUUUUUGAAGAGGUCAGUCUGACCUCCCUGUGUAUUAUGUACAAAAGAUAUAAUUAAAGAGUUUCAGUAUUCAUUCUUAUAAAA